AUGGCGAAAAAGGGCGCAGAUGCGCGACACCACGCGAUUGUGGAGCUGAAGGACGAGAACGUAAAUAGACUUUCAAGUAGCAUAAAGUGCGAGGCAUCCGUUAUGCAUCUCCUGUCUCCUGCUACAAUUGAAUUGGCCAACUAUGUCGUCAAAUAUCUGGAUGAAGAAGAUCCUGGUAUUUUUGUGCAAAUAAUCGACCAAAUUGCGUUACAUGAUGCAUUAACUCUCCCGAAUUCCCCUAUAUCACAAGGAAUUGAUGCUGAUGAAUCAACUAAAGCGUUUCGUGGAUGGCUUAUAAAUGGAGCUUGGAAUGUCCGUGCGAACAGUCAAGUUUGUCAAAAUUCGACAUUUUCGUUGGCAUUCCAUCAACUAACUCAAGGCGAUGCCCUUAAUAUUGUAUUGGGGCAGUGGCUACAACAACGUUGGAAUACUCAGAUGCAAGAUCAUCAGAUAGAAACCUUCGCAAUUGUGUUUUGGAUGGCUGGAACAGGACCUCGCCGAGCCACAUUUACUACCCACCAGAAUAUUUUCGGCUUGAUAUAA